UAUAAAGAAACCCAAUAGGAUUUCCUUAACUGAUCCUAUUAGACACGCUGUAGGUUUCAUAAACAGAUAAUUCUAGCUAGGAUGAGAACAGUUCGUGUUGGACUAUACGUUCCAGUGGACGGGGGUUGUAAAAAAUUCUGAAAUUUCGCUAUAGAAACAUGUCAUCGCAAGGUCCACUAAAGCUGGAUUCUUUUCCCGAUCCCGGGGACAGAUUUAAAUUGGAGGAGGUAAUUCGAGUUGGCUGUUUCGGAAAAACGUACAUAGCCAAAGAUACCGAAGCCUCAGAUAAACAAGUUGUCGUCAAAAUCCAAGAAAUAACGCCCUAUAAUGAGAAGUAUCUGAAGGAUGAAUAUAAACUUCUGCGAGACGUAUCAAGUCAUCCAAAUAUCGUGGAUUUCUACGGGAUUUACUGUCUCAAAAACGAACUUAUGCUAGUAACAGAGUACUGUGAAGGUGGUAAUGUUCUGGAUAUGGUGAAUGAGUUAUUGUCCAAGAACAGAUGUAUGAGGGAAGAACAUAUAGCUCAUAUUUUGAAGGAGGUCAUAAAGGCUGUUAGCUACCUCCACGAAAAGCAUAUAAUCCACAGGGACCUAAGGGCUUCCAACAUAUUCAUCACAAAAAACGGGGAGGUGAAGGUUGCAGGAUUUGGAUUGUGCAUCACACUGGCUAGCACUUUCGGAAGGAGCAGUUCAGCUAUAGGAUCCCCAGCUUGGAUGGCCCCAGAAUCCAUCCAAGCAACCAAUGGAGAUGAAAUCAGUUAUGACAACAGAUACGACGUAUGGUCCCUGGGGAUGACAGCUAUAGAACUAGGAGAUGGAAAGACGCCCUUCAAGGAUAUGCAUCCAACCAGGAUUCUAUUUCAUGUCGUUAGAAAUCCACCGCCAACAUUAUAUAGGACCUCUAAUUGGUCUGAAAAUUACAAUGAUUUUGUGGCUGAGUGCUUAGUGAAGAAUCCUGAACACCGGCCUUACAUGGCUGAGCUAUUGGGACAUCCCUUCUUGGAAGAAGUCCCAGAAAAUAACUACCACCUGACGACGGAAUUGUUGAGUUUACUCGAUUCUACGGUGAAAACCGAAACGCCACAGGAUGAUGUACAUGUCUUGAACAACGUUUUGUGGGAAGGAGAGAUAAGAAAUGAGGAGCCGAUGUAUGUCGAAGAUCUUGCCGCUCUAGAUGACUGCGAAGAAAAAAACGUUUUAUCCCAUAUCGAAAGGAGGUUCAACGACGGAAAAUAUCAGACUUUUGUUGGAGAAAUACUGAUAACUCUGAAUCCUAAUGUUGAAGAGAAUAUAUACACUGAUGAGCACCACGCCAGAUAUAAGAUGAAAUCCAAAUCAGACAAUAUUCCUCACAUUUAUGCUAUAGCGGAUAGUGCCUACCAAAACGCUCUACAUCAUGUUGUGCCUCAAAAAAUAAUCCUGUCUGGAGAAAGCGGUUCUGGAAAAACGAAAAAUUUUCUGAAUCUCAUCGAUCACCUUCUUUUUAUCGGCCACAACAUGAACAUACAGAUGUCGAGGAUCAGAAGUGCAAUUGAUCUUAUACACGCUUUCACACAUGCUUCCACACCUUAUAAUGACUUUUCUACUAGAUGUGUACUGAGAACUGAUUUGUCUUAUGGAAGAACUGGGAAAGUUACAGGGGCAUCCUUUCUUGUUAAUCUGUUGGAGAAAACCAGAGUUUCCAGCACUGAUAUGCACCAAGCGAACUUCAACAUAUUCUACUACGUAUAUGACGGAUUAGUGAAUGAAGAUCUGGCAGAAGACUACAAGCUAGACUCCAACAGAGGCUACAGAUACCUAAGAGUUCUGGAGGAAGAGAGGGCCGAGAGACCAAGAGUCGCAAUCGAGAAGAAUAUCCUCAAAUUCAACAAAAUCAAGGACAUACUCCGAGAAUUCGAAUUCACGAAUGAGGAGAGAGAGGCCAUUUUCAAAAGCCUUUCGGCCAUCUUGAUUCUUGGAGAGGUGAGAUUUCAGGAGCGAGAAGAUGAAAGGGCAGAAAUUUCCAAUAUUGAAACAGCGAAGACUGUCGCGCAACUGCUGGAUACGAAUGAGAAGAAAUUUUGCUGGGCCCUAACCAACUAUUGUCUGCUCAAGGAUGGAGCUGUAGUGUCGAGGAAGAAUACCUGCGACGAGGCUAGGGAUACAAGGGAUGUUUUGGCUAAUAACAUUUAUUCUAGAUUAGUUGACUACGUUGUGGCUCGCAUCAACCAGAAACUUGUACUUGGGAAAGCCAUCUUCGGUGAGAAAUACCUCAUCCAGCUACUGGACUACUCGGGAUUCGAAUGUUUCAAAACCAACGAGCUUUGGCAACUCUUCAUCAAUAUUUUCAACGAGCAAAUGCAGCACUAUUAUGUACAGAGAAUUUUCAAGUGGGAGAUGGCAGAUUUGAACGAAGAUAAUAUUGAAUACGAACCUAUAACGUUUUAUAACAACCAGAAGGUACUGGACACAUUGCUAGGGAGGAGUGACGGCAUUUUUAGCAUAAUAGGCCAAGCUUCCAAGUUGGAAUAUAACGGAAAAUAUAUAACAGAAUUUAUAUCGAACAUGGAUUGUGGACAUAUCACAACGUCUAAACACAUGGAAUUCUCAAUAAGUCACUAUACAGGGACACUCAACUAUAAUGCCAAGGAAAUGCCUGAUAAAAAUAGGGAUUUCCUACCUCCAGAAAUCAUAGAAACUAUGAGAUCUUCCAACAAUUCCAUCGUGAAGACCUUAUUCUCUGGAAAAUUGAACAAGUGUGGAAAUUUAAUCCUUGAAUUCGAAGAAGAAAUUGUUUCACAAGCUACGUUAUCUCCGACAGAUCCCCAGAAGGGUAUCAAUGCCAACAAAUUUUCGCAGUCGAAGAAACUGAGGACUUUGGCCACCAUCUUCAAGGCUGUGUGUCUAGAAACCUUGACUGCUCUGUCUACGGGUAGUACAUCUGGUGGGACCCAUUUCGUGAGGUGCAUCAAGACGAAUUUGAAAGCGAAACCAAAUCAUUUCUGCAGAGAACUGGUGAAGCAACAGAUUAGGGCUAUGGCUAUUCCUCAAACAGCUAAAAUUCGCAAAGAAGGCUACGCCUACAGAAUUCAGUUCGCAGAGUUCUUGAAAAGAUAUCAGUUUCUGGCAUUUGACUUCGACGAGAAUGUAGAAAUAACACCGGAUAACUGUCGACUUCUCCUCAUAAGGCUAAAAAUGGAAGGCUGGUUGAUAGGCAAAAAAAGAGUUUUCCUCAAGUAUUACAACGAAGAAUACCUGUCGAGGUUAUACGAGUAUCAAGUUAAGAAAAUUAUCAAAAUCCAGAGCAUUCUCAGAGGAUUUCUGGCCAAAUGUCGAAUGAAGAAGAACAGCGGCAGAUCAGGAAAAGAAGGGGCAGGAGAGCCAACCGACCAAGCUGAGCUGACCGAAGAAGAAGCUGCACAAGUAAUACAAAAAGCAUAUAGGAGACGGGCCAAAAAAGAUCAAACUGACGAAGGCGGUUCAAAAUCCGGCAAGGAUUUCAAGCUGAUGAAAAAAUAUGGAAUGAGAUGGAAAAGGAGUAGUUUUCUUCAUUUGUUGUUCAAAAUGAAAUCAAAAAAAAUUUUCGAUACCUUCAAUUUGAGCAUACAGACCUUCAUCUUCAACCAAAAUGCUAUGGCUAAUUUAGACUCGAUUGCGUCUGAAACUGUUGAUUUGUCCGAUAUCGAUACCAAUUGUACCAAACCUCCAUGGGCAGGGAAGUCGAAGCCACUGGUAAUGAAGAUCAAUUAUAAAUGGAAUGAAAUUCCAUUUCAUGAUACUUCAGAUAUGCUGCUGGAUAAAACCAGUUUAAGAUUAAUAGAAGAAUACACCGAGUCUUGGGAUAAGCCCUAUCACUGGAGGGGUCAUUCAAUGAUGGAACAUAAUGAAACACAAGACGAAAAAACCGAGGAAGCAAACGAAAAUCUAAUAAAUCUGCAAUUCAGCAGAAAUCCCGAGGAUAAAUUAGAAAAAUUGGAAGAUAGUGAAGAACAUGAAGUUAAGAUUCAACAAGUCGAAGAAUUGAAGAGAAUGAAGAACACUCGAAAUGAGAUAACCUACAAACAAUGUAAGAGUCCAAAAAAAGAGAAUAUCUCCAUAUCAAUGAAACCUUCCGGAUAUAAAAAUAACUAUAUUUUGGACAAUACCCAACCAGCUAAUAAAGAUUUCGAUUACAUCAAAGCCCCAGUACUGAGCAAAGUCAGGGGGCCUGAUCCUAUAGCUGAACUGAAAAGCAUCGGAAGAAGAGACAGUGCAAACGAUGACAGUCCGCCCUUCAAUUUUCAAGGAAUGUUGCGAAAGACGAAUUUCAAAAGGGAUUCGAUGAAAGCUGUUGUGAACGUUCGUCGUUUCUCUUUGAGAACUCAAGAACAAGACCAUUUGGCAAAACAAAAUGAAAUUAACCAGAAACAUGAACAUAUAUCCCUCGAACUUGGACCUCAGUUGCUUUUAGAGGGCACUUUAUAUGACAUUUAAUUCUUAUUGUUAGUAACAUUAGACUAAUAUCAAUAAAUAUUUCAGUCAG